AUGCUGGCUGCAUCAGCAGCUCAGAUCAUCCCGCGCAUCUGCUGCCCGCGCACCCACUUCUUCAAGAGGUGGGAUGAGCACCUCUACGACACCGCCCACCUCUACCCCAUCACUCCGCCUCCCACCAGCACCGUCUUUCGUCCUCCUCCGCCGCCGCCAACACCACCACAAAGCCCCCCGCACCCCGCGACGCUGACGCCGCUGCCCGCUGCCGUCACGCCGCCGCCAGAUGGUGAGGCGCUGCCGAGCCGCCACCAGGACCGGAUGACCACGUGGAAGGCGACUUUGAGGACGGGGUAG